AUGCCAAAAUCGUCAACAGAAGCAGAAACAAUAAUUAUUGUUUCAGAUAGUGACAGUACAGAGGAUGAAAUCGAAUAUAAUAGUAGAAUCAAAUCACCAACACCCUCUCCCCCCAAUAAUGGAAAAGCAACUAAUAAAAGAAAAUUAGAUGAUAAUGACAAUGAAGGUGUAAAUAAAAAAAUCAAACUUGAGGAAAAUAAAGAGGACAUUUUCAAUUCAUUUGUUGGUUAUGAUGAUACACUGUCUAUUGAAGAUGACGAUAUAUUUAUGUUAAGGGCCACCUUGGGAGAGUUUGAAAAUCAACAGGUCAUUAAAGAAGAGUUUAUAAACAGCCAAAGAAUGAAAACUAAAGAAGUUUUGGACUCAUUAAAUGUCAAUAAUAAAGAGGAUGGCCAAGAUGUUGAUAUCAAUAUUAGUUUUGGCAAAUUUGGCGGUAAAAGAAGACACUCAAGCACAAUUAGUAGAUAUUAUAUGGGUGAAUCAUUUCAAUGUGAUAAAUGUGGUGAUUUUAACGAACAUUAUAGUUUCGAAUGCCCAAGAGAUAUUGAAGAAAAACCAUGUUUUAGAUGUGGCGAGUUUGGCCAUCAUAUAAAUACUUGUACAGUUUAUGUUUGUUUCAAAUGUGGUUUAUUUGGGCAUUAUCCAAGACAGUGCGUUCCAAGAAAUCUCAGGUAUAUGGAUGAUGUAUAUUAUUCAGAUAUCAGCGACCCAAGAAUUGUAGAUACUACAAAUGAUAAUGGUAGGGAUUAUGAUAGAGAUUAUGAUAGAGGUUAUGAUAGAGGUUAUGAUGGAGGUUAUGAUAGAGACUAUGACAGGGAUAGAAACUAUAGAAGCCGUGAUAGAGAUUAUGAUAAAGAUUAUGACAGGAAUAGAAACAAUAGAGAUCGUGAUUAUAGAGGCAGGGACAACGAUAGAGAUAACAGAGACUACGAAAAUGGAAGAUAUACAAAUAAAGAACAGGUUCAUAGAUAUGAUCACAACGAUAGAUUCAGUUAUAAUAGUAAUAGAUUUGGCAGUAAAAAUAUAAACAAUAGAUUCGAUAGUAGAGAAAAUAGAUUCGAAAGACAAGGUAGAGGUCGUUAUAAUAAUAACAAUAAUAAUAAUUAUAACAAUAAUAAUAAUAACUAUAAUAAUAAUAAUAAUAGUAAUGGUUAUAAAAAAUCAAAGCAUCAAGAUGUUAAAUUUAUUGACCAAUCUGAUGAAGACCCUAAUGACUACAGAGUUAACGAAGAAAAGAAAGAAAAAAGAAAGGAUAAAAAGAAAGAUAAAAAGAAAGAUAAAAAGGAAGAUAAAAAGGAAGAUAAAAAAAAAGAUAAAAAGAAGGAUAAAGAUACAAAAAAAGACAAAGAAAAAAAGAAUGAUAAAAAUAAAAAAAAAGAUUCAAAAAAUAAGAAUAAACGAGAAAGAGGUGGCUAUGAAGACAAUGAAGAUGAUUAUAAAGAAAAGGAAAAAGAAAAAGAAUUUUUUAAUAAAGCCAAAAACUUUAAACAAAACACCCAUAAUCCAUACAGUAAAAAAAUGCGUAAAAUCGAAGAUUAUAGAAAUUAUGACAAUGACGAAUAA